AGUUUUACCCUCUUCUUUUCAUACCCAAUAAAAAACCCUAACCACCAUUGCUCCUUUCAUUUCCGUUCCCGCCAAUUCCACUCCACCGCCCUUCGUUUCUUGGCUGGAGGCUCCGCAGAUCCCUCCACAGGCUCCGACUCUAGCGAUAAAACAAAAACUGCCCCUCAAGUUUGGAGUUUUUACAAUCCACUCACGUCAACAAUUGAGACGCAAAGGAGCACGAAUAACAACAACAGUAGCAACAACAAAAAUGAUCAAGAAUCGGUACCAGAUUUCUCAAGUCUCAAAAUUAGGGUUUCAGAUAAUGAAAGUGAGAUAUUGAAUAAUAGAGACAUUAACAAAAGGUUAACGAGGUACAGUAAUGAAAAUGAGGAAUUGAUAAAUGAAAAGAGAUACGCAAGUUUAAAGAAAGCUGAUUUAGUUAAUAAUAUUGUGAGCAAUAAUAAUAGAAAGAAGGGCAAAAGUAAAGUGAUUUAUGUUUGUGAAAGUUGUGGGAAUGAAGAUGGGCAGUGGUGGGGGAUUUGCAGAAGUUGUGGGAAGGCUGGAACGAUGAAGCAAUUUUCAGAUAGGGAUGAUAGGAGUGGGAACAGUAAAGUUAGUGGUGCUGAGGUUACAGAAAAUAUGGUGAGGUCUUGGUUACCACAGAAGGUUAGCGAGACGCAACCAUUGAGGUUGAAAGAUGUUAAUCAGAGGAUGAAUCAUUUGAGUUGGAGGAUUCCUUUACCUGCACUGUUUGGAAGUGAAGUUGCCAGGGUGCUUGGUGGCGGCGUCGUUCCAGGUUCUCUAAUUUUAAUUGGUAGUGAUCCUGGAGUUGGCAAGAGUACACUGUUAUUGCAGGUUGCUGCAAUAAUAGCUGAAGGACAGGAUGUUGGUAAACGAGAUCCAGUUGUGUAUGUCUCCGGCGAAGAGAGUGUUGAGCAAAUUGUGAAUAGGGCUGACCGUCUAAGUAUUGGUGUGGAGGAACUUUUCUUGUAUUCAAGUACUGAUAUUGAGGACAUAUUAGCAAAGAUUCAGCCUCUAUCCCCUUGUGCUCUAAUUAUUGAUUCGAUUUAGACAGCUUAUAUACAAGGAGCUAGUGGAAGUGCUGGAGGAAUAUCUCAGGUUAAGGAAUGCACAUCAGCUUUGCUGCGUUUUGCCAAGAAGACAAAUAUACCAGUUCUUUUGGUUGGACAUGUGACCAAGUCUAGUGAUAUAGCAGGGCCUCGGGUUUUGGAGCACAUUGUUGAUGUUGUUUUAUAUUUGGAAGGAGAGAAGCACUCAACUCAUCGAUUACUUCGUCCUGUGAAGAAUCGGUUUGGAUGCACAAAUGAGCUUGGAGUAUUUGAAAUGUCCCAAUCUGGUCUGCAAUCUGUUUCAAAUCCAAGUGAGAUAUUUCUAAGUGAGCAGUACUUAGGUUCAGAGGUUUUAGUCGGACUAGCUGUUGCCGUAAUAAUGGAUGGAUCUCGAAGUUUCCUUAUUGAAAUUCAGGCAUUGUGUGCCACUGGUUCAUCAGUUUCAAGGCAUGUUAACAGGAUUCAAGCGAGCAGAGCUGACAUGAUUAUUUCAGUCCUUAAGAAGCAAGCUGGUCUAAUGCUCCAAGAUAAUGAUAUCUUUUUGAAUGUUGUUAGCAGGGUGACACUAACUGAGACUACUGGGGAUCUUGCAAUAGCAGCUGCAAUUUGCAGUAGUUUCUUGGAGUUUCCUAUUCCCAAUAAUGUGGCAUUCAUUGGAGAAAUUGGCCUUGGUGGGGAGCUUUGCACGUUAAUUAUCUGUGUUAUUUUAAUACACAAUACUUAAAAAACACUAUUGAACAUAAUGAAUUGCCUCUUUUGUGAGAUUUUAUUUUUUUCUACUUCUAAAAACUCAUGUUUAUGUCAUUGAUACCAUUUCUGUAUUUUCAAACCAAUUGCAUAUGAAGAGCAUUCUCUUUCUAA